AAGCUCGUAGUACUUAUCAUUCGACGAACCGUCAAAGGCGAUUAUUAUCAACCGAUUGUUAUCUCUGUGUUAUAAUUCAGUCAUUUAUAAGUUUCGCACUAAGUAUUAUUUAAAAUGCCUUUGAAACUCAAUACUAAAGUAGUGAAAAGUCCAAGGAAUGCAAGCAAACCCGAUAAGAAAAGAAAACGAAGAAGGAAGGAAAGUUACGCCGUAUAUAUUUACAAAGUAUUAAAACAAGUACAUCCCGAUACUGGAAUUUCUAGUAGAGCCAUGAGCAUAAUGAACAGUUUUGUAAUUGAUAUAUUUGAAAGAUUAGCUGCGGAAUCAUCACGAUUGGCGUUGAACAACAAACGAGCUACGAUUAGUUCUCGCGAAAUUCAAACUGCUGUACGUUUAUUAAUUCCUGGUGAACUUGCCAAACAUGCUGUUAGUGAAGGAACAAAAGCUGUUACCAAAUAUACUAGUACUACAUAAUACAUUCGAUUCACACACAAGAAAAAGAAAUUAGAAAGAAAAAAAAAAAAAAAAAAAAAAAGAAAUAAAA